UUUCUUUGGUAGUACAUGUGCCUACAGAAAAAAAUGGGUGACAUCGACUGCGGCAGUUGUGAUUGCGGUGAUUGCGGCGAUUGCGGCGACUGCACCGACUGUGGCGACUGUGCACGUGAUAUAUGUUACUGCGGCGAUUGUUGUAAAGACUGUGAAUGUGUGGGAUUCCACGGUUGCUGUGGAGACGGAUCAGGCUGCCAUUGUUGUGAAUGUAAUGGAUGUUGCUCUGACGACGGCGGGGGAGAUGUCAGUCAUCAUUUCGCCUCUCAUUGGUGGCUUUGUUUCCUCGGCGAUGCUUGUGACGGAUGUUGCAAUCAACGCAGACGACGAGAGCCACCGGAUGUAUACGUAGUUAACGCGGCGCCUGUCCUUACACCAUCCUCUGUUGUAACUGACCAACCCCCAUCCUAUGAAGAGGCUUGUAAAAAUGCUGUUACUUCACAGCCAAUGGAAUCUUGAAACACUUGACGGAAAUGCUUUUAUGUUUUAAAAAAUAAUUGUCUACUUCUAUUAAUUUCGUGUUGACCAUUUAAAAAAGGUUCAUUGAGCUGAUUCACAAAUGUGCUUAUGGGAUAGCGAUGAGGUUUUAUUUCCCUGUUUAUUUAAAUAAUAAAAUGCUUUUUUGGUGAAUCAUGCUGAAUAUUGCAGAAAAAAUUCAUCUUUUUCCUGCAAUGAUCGUGACCUUCAAAAUCAGCAUGAAUCAUCAAAAAGCAUUUUAUCUUUUUAUAUUUACACCUUUCUGUUAGCCAAUCGAUACAUUUAUUUUUAAAAAAGAAAAAUUAACUUAAUUAUUGAAAAUGUACAUCAGUAUGUCAGCUAAUAAAAUAGCAAAAGGUGUUGACCAAUCAAUAACCGGGAUGAAUAGAUUUCUGUCCUGCAGUUUCUUCAGAGCUAUGAAUAACAAUCAAUUUUCGUAAUAAAUAGAGGGAAUCAUUCUUGGUGGAUAUAAAUAUAUUACUUUAACAAUAUUAUUUAGUCUCAUUUGUCUAGGGGUUUUAAGAAGCUGUUAAACAUACCAUUGAAUAAUUAACGAAGAUAUACAAAUACUUAUGACAAAUUGUAAAUACUGUUAUUUCAAUGUUUUAUAUGUCCUUAAAAUGAGACAACCAGGCAUAUAUUUUCGUGCUAAGUUAUAUACAUAUUUUAUAAAAGCCGGUUAAAAAUGUGCACUGAAUAAUUUUUCUGCAUCCAAUGGCCAAUAUAGACUUGUUACAUGCACAUAUAGUUAAUACGUAACAUUUGGAUUUUGUAUGAAUUCGUUGUAAUACAGAAAACUGGAUUUUUUUGUACAAAUCGUAGAAAUGCAUUCAUUUGAUAAAAAUACAUCUGAUUCAUUUCAUUGAGAGUUGACAUUUUCAUUUUUUCUUUCUCUUGGAACCAGAAAGAACAAAUGAAACAUUACCAGGUUCAUAUUAAAAUUCUAUUCAAGCAAACCGUACGUUAUACUGAAAUAGAAUGAUCUAAGACUUCUAGAAUGAUGCUUAGUUUGAUUUCAACAAGUCUUGUGGUGUUUGAUAAGUUCUAUUAUUUUUGCUUGUUUUUUACCAUUGCAAUGAAAGGUACAAGUUUAAUCUUUGAUAUUGUUAUUUCAUUUUUACAUCUGUAAAAUGUGUGUCCUGUAUUGGCUUGUUUUACAACUGGGAGCUCAAAUUUAUUCAUACUUUUUUAAAAACUCUUGUCAUAUGAACAAGCAUUUGUAACUUCUCAUUUCAUUUGUCUACAUUUGGUUGAAUACUUCUCAGUAUUUUUGUACAUUUACAUGAAAUAUCAUAUUUAUGUCCAUGAUUGCAAGUUGACUGAUGAUAAAGGAUUAUCCAGAUCAGUUUUGUUUGCCAAAUAUUUUUAUAAUUCAUUGAAAUUAACUUCUACCUUUAUAUAUUUGUAAAGAUUGUUUUCUUUCAAUGUCUAUUUUUCAUAAAACUCAUGUGAACAUGUCGAAAACUAUACAUGUAUUUGUUAACAAAAAACUUUUUUAUUCAUUUAUUUAUUCAUUUGAUAAUUUCUGUAUUUAUUUAUUAAUAAAUUAUCUAUCUAUUUA